AGUUUGGUUAUUGCGGUACCGAUCGUUUCUGUCUUGGCGGUUGCAACCCUUUGCUUAGCUUCAAACCGGAUUCGUGUGCACCGAACCCUAUCUGUGUAAGCAACCUGUACACCUUUGAUCAGUCUGAUAAAGUACAACCGACCAGCGAGUAUACUGGCGGAACGGAUGUCGAUUUCACUUACGAAGGACAACCAUUAUUUUCGGGCGGGAAUUUGGUUAUGACUCUUGCUAAAGGUACGCAAGGUACGCGUCUCUCGACUACAAGAUAUGUGUAUUAUGGUAGGAUCUUUGCUAAAAUAAAGGCGGCAAGGUCUGUCGGUAUCGUGACCGCUUUCAUCACCAUGUCCAACAUCAAAGACGAGAUUGACUGGGAAUUUCUCGGCUAUGACUUGCAGACUGGUCAAAGUAACUACUUCUAUAGAGGAUUUAUAGACUACACAAAGGGCGUUAAAGAACCGGUCGGAGGAAACAUCUACACUGACUUUCAUGAAUACGGGAUCGAUUGGUCGCAAGACCAAUUGUCUUGGUUGAUUGAUGGCAAGAUUGUCCGUACAGUAAAGAAAUCCGAUACUUAUAACAAAACGACAGGAAAUUAUGAUUAUCCUCAAACACCUUCUCGUAUCCAAUUGUCAAUUUGGGAUGCUGGUGACGGUCCAGACGGCACCAAACAAUGGGCUGGUGGGGCAACUGACUGGAAUGCUACAGACAUUCAGUCGCCAGGUUAUUUCUAUGCCCAGGUCCAAAGUGUAACCGUAGAGUGCUAUGGCGUACAGGGCGCGGGUGGCAAUAUCAAAGUGGAUCCAUCCUGGGGUACGGUGGACAACAGCGUGAACAGUUACGUCUAUGACGCUAAUGGAAACGUUACUAUCACUAACACUAACAUCACUAAAGUUACGGUUACAACACCACCAAGUCAAGGAUUACCGCAGUCUUCUGACGAGAAUCCAAAUUCCAUGCCAAACAUUACUGGUCAAUAUGUACCCAAUGUUACGGCAAACGCUGCUGUUGCUAUCAGUUUCCCUGCUGUUGUUAGCACUUUAAUUGCCACGUUCGCUACAAUUAUACUCGGCAUUUUUGCGCUCUAA